UGAUUUAGUCUAUUUACCCGCGUUAUAAGUCCUAUUGCAGAGAACCGAACACAGGCGUCCCCUUGGUCUUGGUCUGGGUCACCGGCAUCAAAACGUUCCCUCGCCGCCCACAAGUCCUUUAAUAUCUUCAUCGUCCAUUAUCUUGAACAUCCAACAUGGCCGUGGCACAGAAGAGGCGCAGUGACAUGACGCCGGAGGAGCUGUCAGCGCUGGAGCGGGAGGAGUUUGCGACGGGGCCAUUGCGCAUCCUCAACGAGAGUGUGCAGAACAAUACUCAGGUCCUCAUCAACUGCCGGAACAACAAGAAGCUGCUGGGACGCGUGAAGGCCUUUGACCGUCAUUUCAACAUGGUGCUGGAGCAGGUGACGGAGAUCUGGAUGGAGCAACCCAAGACCGCCAAGGGACAGAAGAAGGCCAAGCCGGUUAACAGGGAGAGGUACAUCCAGAAAAUGUUCCUACGAGGCGAUUCUGUAAUAAUUGUUGUCAAAAACCCGCUCGGAAGCCAACAGAAUGCCUAGAGAGAGAGAGAGAGAGAGAGAGAGAGAGCAAGGUACUGUGUGUGUUUGUGUGUGUGUACGUGUGUUAUUAUUCCAUAUUAAAAUGAUUUCUUAAUAAGC